CAAACCAAGGCCAGAUACAGAAUGGGGAUAACCCCGGAUCAUGCCCGUCGGUGUUUCAGAACCCAAAAGUGGAAACCAGAUGUGUCAUUUCCCAAACACGCCUACUACGUUGGGAAAAAUUAUGAGGCCUGGAUAUCAGGACACAAUGUUAAAUCCUUGGAAGAACUGCACCUCCUCAUACAAAUGGAGCAGUUCUUGGAUGGUGUUCCUGAGGACAUAACACGGUACAUACAAGAUGGAAAACCCAAAAAUCUCACCAAGGCGGGGAAGAUUGGAGCCAGAUGGAUGGAAGUGGCAGAAAGCAAGAAAGCUACUGUCAAGGGGAACGAAUACCCCAGGGGGCACACCAACCAUAAACCCUACAACCGAGGACAGCCAAAGACCCCACAUACCACCCAAGUAAAGCCACAGACACCCUAUUCUUCCACCUCACCAGUCUCCAGUAACUCACCUCGGCCCAGUGACCCAUCAGAUGGAAGAUGCUUUAAGUGUAAUGAACUGGGACAUAUCAAGGCCAACUGUCCCAAGAACACCAUGCGAGUGCAAUUCAUUACACCACCAUCACACCAAAGAUCCCCAGGCCCAGAUGCCUCUCAAAUACCCUUGGAGCGAAGGGAAAAUUUGAGAGUGGGCGGAAAGAAGGUUACUGCGUGGAGAGACACGGGGGCACAAGUGUCAGCUAUCCACCAAUCCUUCGUUGACCCCAAAUUCAUCAACCCAAAGGCCAAAGUUACAAUUUACCCCUUCAUGUCACAAGCUGUAGACUUGCCUACAGCUCAACUGCCUGUCCAGUACAAAGGCUGGUCAGGAAUGUGGACUUUUGCAGUCUAUGACAAUUAUCCUAUCCCCAUGCUACUGGGGGAAGACUUGGCCAACCAAGUGAAACGGGCCAAGAGAGUGGGAAUGGUUACACGUAGCCAAACCAGGCAAGCUUCCAGACCCAUUCCUGUUCCUGAGCCGUCCACAGGCACCCCGUCUAUGUUACCAGAGACCCAGACAGAGGUAGUGGAUCCAGAUUCCAUGCCAACCACUGAAACAGCCACAGCAUCUCCAGUCCCAGGCCCGGAACUGGAACAGCAACCAGCACCAGCAAGUGCAACCACAUCUUCAAACUCAACGCCAGAGGGCGCCAGCGAGCCAGAACUGGCAGAAGCAACACAGCCAUACCAGGUGCCAACUGAAGGUGUUGGAGACAAAGGGAUCAGGUGACCUCCUGGCCCGGGA